CAUGGUCUCUUAAGUCAAUGUGAUUUAUACUUGCACAUAAUAUUAUAGCCCACUCUCUACUGUUUCAAUAAUUAUCAUGCUUUAUAUAUCAUCAUACUAACAUACAUAAUUACAAAUUUUACUUUUUUUCUGUGUAAAAGUAUUUCAAAAUCAUGACUGGAGGAAGAGAAAUUCUGCACAAGAUGAAGGAAAAGGCAUGUUUUAUGGCUUCACUGCCAGACUCACCAGAUACAAGAGGCAAGGGCGGAGCAUCAAAGCGGAUCACUCAUGGUUCCCACCUGGUGAAGGGAAAGUCUAAUCACGCGAUGGAAGAUUGUUUAGUUUGUGAGUUUAAGCAAGUCCAUAACAACGAUUUGGGACUAUUCGCAAUCUAUGAUGGACAUAUGGGCCAUGAUGUAGCUAACUACUUGCAGACACAUUUGUUUAACAAUAUUUUGAAAGAGCAUGAUGUUUGGACGGAUACUGUGAAUGCAACUCGUAGAGCUUAUCAUAGUACAGACAAAGACAUUCUGGCAAAAGCAUUCGAAUUGGGAAAAGGAGGGUCAACUGCAGUUACUGCAAUGCUGAUAAAUAGUCAAACACUUAUAGUAGCAAAUGUGGGAGAUUCUCGAGCUGUCAUAUCCAAGAAAGGUGUUGCCGAGCAGCUAUCAGUUGAUCAUGAGCCAAACAGAGAAAGGGAGAUAAUUGAAAGCAAAGGCGGAUUUGUUUCAAACAUUCCAGGUGAUGUACCUCGUGUUGAUGGACAGCUUGCCGUUGCAAGGGCAUUUGGAGACAAGAGCUUGAAGAGACAUCUUAGUUCAGAUCCAGACGUGGCAAUUGAGCUGAUAGAUAACGAUGUAGAUCUCAUUAUUUUGGCAAGCGAUGGUCUGUGGAAGGUAAUGUCCAACCAAGAGGCAGUGGACUGCAUUAAGAACAUGAAAGACGCGAAAGCAGCAGCUAAACAUUUAUCAGAAGUGGCAAUUUCGCGGAAAAGCAAGGAUGAUAUUUCCUGCAUAGUUGUUAAGUUUCAGUGAAAGCAAGUCCCUUUUGCAAGUAAAGAUUUGUUGGCUGUACAAAUUAUUUUUGGGAAUGAAAAAGCACUUUUCUGCUGAAUAGUGUUUUGUUAAGUUGAAAAUAUUUCCAGUGCAUCAAAGAUCAGUGGCAUACAGACUUUUCAUUUUGUUAUAAGAAAUUGUUGUAUAAUGAAUUCAUUGUUGUGUAAUGUAUAUUCAUUUUCUUAGGCAAAUAUGUUACAUUUACUGUAAGCAGAAGUCUGUAUUUGUUCAAGUAAGUACUUAGAAAUACAGAUGCUGAAGAGUUCUGAGCUAA